GUCGAGUAGUACGUCAAUUUAACCUCAUACAACCAUAGAUAAAAGAAAAGAUGCCCCGCAAAGUCGCUGCAAAAAAAUCGUCUUCGAAGUCGACAACUGUCGACAGUAAAAAGAAGCGUUCAUCCAGUAGUGAUAGUGAUGACAGCGAGCAUAGUAACCCAAGACGGGGCCCGAAAUUUGAAGAAUUCACAGAAGAAGACGCACUCAUUAUAGAUCAGCAGCAACCAAGCGCCUCCACGACCAGCCCGAAAGUCAUGUCGAAUAUGGUCACUCCAGAGCCAGAGACAUUUGUUGGAGACGCACCAAAAACCAACAACGACACUGAGUCACCACAAGGGGAUGCCCAAGAUAAGCAGGUAGCGGCUUGCGACAUGGGAUUUACAGCGCCCGAUUCCAUCGCACCGGAGGAAGUGGUACCUGUGCCCGAGGAGGAGUGUGUGCCACUGGCCGCGGUCGAGGCAGUAUAUGUAAACCGUGCACAAGAGGCGAUCAACGGCCUGUUAAAAGAGCCAGCCCCACCGCCGAAAGACAUCAAAAGGGUUACUCAGGAUGGUGAGACGUCCCCUCCCUUGCCAAUAGAGCUUCUCCAACUGUUAAGCGAGGGAUGCCAACGAUAACCACUCUCAGCUGUGCCAUCUGUGACGAUGAAAUAAUGAUAGCCCAGCACAUCCUUCACGGUGUUGAGUCAAUAUGCCUAAACAAAUGCACUGACUAGCCUGUAAUGAAAUCUAAGUGUUUAAGGUCCUAGCUUUUGAUUAUUUUUAUUUUCAUUGGUCCUGGAGAUUCAACUCGAGGAUUCGCAACACUUAUUAUUCUGUCUCUAUUUUCUU